GGCCUUAUGUAAACCUCUUUUUCCGGUCUUUUCCUCCCGUCUCCUCUCCCCCCACUCAACUCUGCAUGGCUCCCGUCCAGCAAGACGACGUCCGACAGCCGGGACCCGUCCGUGGGAAACCCUUUGCAACCUAGAGUUGCUAGUAACGGUCCAGACGGGAUGGUGUCGGGAUGUUCCCCGCUCGGUCGUCUUCUUUGGCGCAACUUGUCCCCACCCCCGCGUCAUCACACCCCGAGAACGCCAUCGAACAAGUCCCUCGCGGGAUUGCCGAGGGACACCGAGACCGGGUCUGACACGUUUUCCAUCGUGAACGUAAAUUCUAACGAGGGGUCAACAAAAACUCACGAUCGAAAGAGGAACAUUGCAGCAUCGUGAUACCCAGAGUCGUCAACCUCAAUCCCCCAAGUCUUUCUCAAGUGAAGCUCAGUCUCUCACAACCUCUAGCUAAUUCACCCCUCUCUCUUCUUCACUCACAAACACACAUACACAUCGCCAUGGCAGACGUCAGAGUACCACCCACGGGCGUCUUCGUCCCAGUCCCAACCUUCUUCCACUCCGCCUCUGAUUCUGCAGGCGCCCUUCAGCCCAAGGUCGACAUCGACACGCAAGUCAAGCACAGCGUCUACCUCGCAAAGAAUGGCAUCCGCGGCCUGGUCCUCCUCGGUUCCACCGGCGAGGCCAUCCACCUGAACAAGGCCGAGCGUCACGACCUCGUCGCCGGCGUCAAGAAGGGCCUCGAGGAGGCCGGUUUCCCCGACUACCCCAUCAUGGCCGGCGUCUUGACCAACGGCAUCGACGAGACUCUCGAGUGGCUCGACGACUACGCAAAGGCCGGCGCCCAAUGGGGCCUGGUUCUUGUUCCUGGAUACUUUGGUACCGCCGCGAACCAGGAGAACAUCAAGGAGUGGUACACUGUCGUCGCUGACAAGAGCCCUCUGCCCAUCCUUGUAUACAACUACCCCGGCGUCACAAACAACGUCCUCGUCGAGCCCGACACGUACAAGGACCUCGCCCAGCACCCCAAGAUCGUUGGUUGCAAAAUGUCCCACGGAAACGUCUCCCUCCACCUCCAAGUCUCCUCCGACCCGCGCAUCGACCACUCCAAAUUCCGCGUCUACAGCGGCUUCGGUCAACAGCUCGCGCCCAUCGUCCUCUUCGGCGCCGCGGGCGUCAUCGACGGUCUCGCCGCUUUCUACCCCAAAACGGUCUCGCGCCUCUUCAGCCUGGCGGAGAAGCGCCCUGUCGACCAGGCCACCCUCGAGGAGGUGCAGCGCCUGCAGUACGCCGUCAGCCGCGCCGAGGACUUCAUCGGCAAGACGGGCAUCAUUGGUAUCCGCGAGGGUAUCAUCCGCAAGGCCGGCUUUGGCGCGCUCGAGGGCGGCCGGUUGCCGCUCAAGGGACGCUUGGAUGAGGGUACUUUCAAGGCGUUGGAUUCGCUCUUGUUUUCGGAUAUCCAAAAAAUUGAGGACUCUCUGUAAGAUACACUAGUAGCUUAGAUGAGUUGGAGCUGUGGGAGCUUAUGAAUUGCAUGAUUGGCCAUGAUACCAAACAUUGAGAGCUUGACUUAGCC